CGAUGAUUGCAUUUGUGUUGGUGUGCCACAGCAAAAAGCUCUUGUCGCUGCCAAGCCGCCAUUUUGUUUCCGAAUGCUUCGGCUACCGUCGUCGUGUUUUACCGCGGACGCUGUACUGGUGCUGUCAUUCUGACAGCUUAUGUUGCAUUGUGUGGAAGGCUUUUUUUUGUUAUUCCUCCGCGUAGUUCGUCACAUUUUUUGACAGCUCCAUAUAGCGUUUGGAGAAAAAGUUAAAUUUUUCAAAGUGGAUUUUAUGGCAUGAAUACCGAUUAAUUUUGUGUGAAAACAUUUUCCAGUUAGUGGUUAGAAGCAGCAAGACGAGAAACACGUAUUUUUCAAAUAAAUUUCACCGGAACAUUGCUAGUACAGGACAACAAAAUAUUCGCUCGGCGAAAGCAGUUUUACUUAAUGGUGAAGUCGAAUACAAAAUAGCACAAUUUUUCUUGGAGGUAGUGCAUCUAAAGUCGUCAAGAUUGAGGAAAUAGAAGAAAUCGUGGAGACCGAGGAGGUCAUCCUCUCUCCAGAUGAAAUGCAACAUGAGUACGAGAUUACAUCGGUUCCGAUAGAAACGACUCCUGUCAAGCGCACCGACAUACGUGAUCUGGCCCGCGAAGCAAACUUUCAAACGAAGCUGCUACAACAGGAAAAUGAAGCCCAAGAGCUCAAUUUUCAGCCGGCUUCAAGUGCGGAGGAUACGGAAGGAUCGGACCAGGAACAUGCUAUGGGUGAGCAUAACUUCAGUACGGAACAUGAAGGUGAACAAAUGGAUAUGGAAGGAGUCAGUCCAAACACGCAAUCCGCUAUCCGCAAACGGCGAGGAAAUUUGCCGAAACAUUCGGUGAAGAUUCUUAAACGAUGGUUGUACGAGCAUCGCUACAAUGCGUACCCGAGUGAUGCGGAGAAGGUGACACUAUCGCAGGAAGCCAAUCUUACGGUGCUACAGGUUUGUAACUGGUUCAUCAAUGCGCGCCGUCGAAUUUUACCCGAGAUGAUAAGGCGGGAGGGCCACGACCCUCUGCACUACACUAUCUCACGGCGGGGUAAAAAGCUUAACAAUCAACUGGCCAACAUGAUGCCAAAUCCUAUCUCUAUGAGUCCUGCUUCCGAAGUCAUUGUUGGCGCCACUGAGGAGAUUAUCGAGGAGGAAGAAGUCAUCGAGGAAGGUGUUCCCAAUAUCAUCACUUCGAGCAUUGGUCAGCAAUACGUACAGACACCGAGUGGGCUGGUGAAAGUGGAGGAGGACGUAGACUUCGAGGACCAUAUUAUCUAUCGGUCAGACGAAAGCAAUAUUGAGUACGAAUACCCGGAAGAGGAGGAAGAAUUACAAACGGAGCAAACCGAAUGGGACGGAAUCAUUCGAUACGCCAACGAUAAAGAUGAUGAAAUUCCCGAAGAAAUAACCGAAGAGGAAGUGAUUGCUUCCGACAGUCCCGUAAACGAGUUCUUCACCACAACCCACACCAAUGUCACUCAUCAGUCACAAUUGCCACAAACACCGAGUACAACCAAUACCGUCGUUCCCGCUGGACUUACCAGGCUUCAAGUGGUGUCCAGUGUCGUCAACACCAUCUCGAAUCCAGUUGUGACGACUGUUAAACCGCUCGGUACCACCAUUCUCACAACGCCGAUUACUAUUGGCAAGGGGACGACGGUGAAGAAGAUUUUUACCACACCGGUGUCGGAAACGAACACCAAACCUUCCGUACCGACGACAGUGACAGCCGUGCUAACAACGGCCAACUCGAACAUCAACAUUAACAACAACAAUAACAACAAUAGCAGCAGCAAUAACAACACUCAGAACAACUCUCAGCAUACGACGACUGCAGUCAAAGUUAAAGGUGUCAUCCGCGACGAUAAGGACCAGUUCAAAUGUCUGUACUUGUUAGUGGAAACAGCGGUAGCGGUGCGUCAGCGGGAAAAAGAACAGGACGACGUGCACGUACUUGGCAAUUAAAAGCAAAAGUAAAACCCAUUCAAAUAGAACAUCCUUUCCCGUUUCUUUUACCACCCACUCGUCCCCCGUACACAAAACACCCGUAACACGACGUCAUUGUUUAAGCAAACUAGAAGAAAAAUUCGUUAUUUUUUCUAUAAAACCAAUUUAGAAAGCGAAACAAAACAUUGAAGAGAAUUUUACUAAAGUAAGUAAGGACAGAUUUAAGCUAGGUGAUAAUAUGAGGUAAAAUCGCGCACUCUGAAGAUAAAACACCCACACACAACACACACGAUUCACUGCUGAAUAGAGCAAAACCUGUAUAUACAUGAAUUAUAUACACUUACUCUUAAACGUAGAGCGUACGAAUAAUGCAGAAAAGGAUCAUCAUGAGAAAACAAAACUACUAUUAAAGAUUAAUUAUUACUACUAGUUAGUAAGACCGUAGAGAGCACACAGAGAGUGAACGCGUUUCUUUGAUUUUUGACUGCAGUUUUUAAACAAAUAACACAUUUGUUAGUCUAUUUUUUUUCUCGUCGUAAUAUAGUUUACAAGAAAAUCCCUUUCGUUCUUCAACAAACAUUUAACCAUCCCAAAAUUGCUCAGAAACUGAUUACUCUUUUCCAUUCCUUCCUUCCGGCCUUCCUCUUAUUCACAGCAAAUAAGUCAGUUAUUUGAAAUUUUUUCGACAUCCAAGCAAACUGAACCUGCGUGUAUCCGAGCAAUAUCUUCAAAACUUCCCAGGCAGUCCUGGACCUAUCUAUCUGAUCUUCGACUGGUGUCAAUUUUCAUUGGUCGAAAAAAAAAGCUGUAAACAAACCAACCAACCCAGUUCGUAUGCUGUCGAUUCCCAACACUAAUCGCUUCUACCUUCCGCUUCAGGCAAAAAUCAAGAACAAAAAGUUAACUUAAGACAGACAGUUAGGCAGCAAUUUGAACCUCCUUGAAGCGUUGUUCUGCUCAAUAUGUGACGAAAUGCGACGAAUAAUACACGGCUCAAUGUGGACGUUCGCGGUUUUGUUAAGAGGAAAAUGUAGUGAUAAGUCAUUUCCAUCACCUGUGUUAGCGCGUCAUUUUACCAUUGUGUUUCUGGAAAUGGAAUUUCGUUCGUUCGUUCAAAAUAGGCAACGAUGUAAGCGAGAAAUAUUAUCUUUUUUUUCUUCAUCUAUAAACCUCCGACAGGAACUCCAAGCACUGUUUCGUAACCAGUUUCGUAAUUCAUUCAUGCGAUGAGAGAUCGUUUCAUAUUGUAGUCAUUCAGCAGUAAGUGUUUCCUAUUGAUUCGAGUCAAUUUUAGCCAACUUCUAAGGGCUUUCUAUGGUUCAAUUAUACACGGUCUGGCUCUGUUUUUUUUAUAUACUUAUUUAUCAUGUUCUUGUUCUGUCGGAAAGGAAGUAAGGGAAAAAACUUCGGUACAGUUAGAAGAAAGAAGAAACUCUCAUAAGUAAGUACGUUUUAUAAAUAAAUGUAAAAAAACUCUAUUACAUAGAAAUAAUCAAAAACAAUUUAAAUAAAAAUCCUUACGGAAAAUAUUGAAAAUCUA